AUGGCCGCCAGCACCCCCCUCACCCUGGGCUACGACGGCGGCGCCGCGCACCCCUUCUCGCAGGUGCCGCUCUCCGGCCGGUCCUCCGUGCAGGAGCUGCUUCGGACGCUGCUCGACCCCCUCACGCCCUUCUUCUCGCCCCGGCGCGCCCGCGUCCGCUGCCCCGGCGCUACUGCCGUGCGCUUCGACGCCGCCGCCUCCGAGGUCGAGGGCUUCGCCCGCCCGCUCUGGGGGCUCGCCUCCCUGCUCGCCGGCGGCGGCGAGUACCCCGCCGGCACCGAGAGAUGGGUCGCCGGGCUCAAGGCCGGGACCGACCCGGAGAGCCCCGAGUUUUGGGGCUUCCCGCGCGACAACGACCAGCGCAUGGUCGAGAUGUGUCCCCUGGGAUAUACGCUUGCCGUUGCCCCCGUUUUCUGGGAGUCCCUCUCCCCAAAGGAGCGGUCCAACGUUGAGACGUGGCUCGGCAACUCCAUCAACGAGAAGAACAUGCCCAAUACCAACUGGCUCUGGUUCCGCGUCUUCGCCAACCUAGGACUCAAGCGCAACGGCGGCCGCUACUCCCAGGAGAGGCUCGACCGCGACAUCGAGCACCUCGACACCUUUUACCGCGGCGACGGCUGGUCCAACGACGGGCCCGAGGGCAUCCACCAGAUGGACUACUACUCGUCCAGCUUCGCCAUCCAGACUCUCCAGCUCCUCUACGCCAAGAUCGCCGGCGCCGACGACCCAGCCCGCGCGGCAGAGUUCAAGCGGCGCGCGCAGACAGCCGCGCUGGACCUGGUGCACUACUACGACGACGAGGGCCGGGCCAUCCCCUUUGGGCGCAGCGUCGGGUACCGCUUCGCCAUGGUGGCCUUCUGGAGCACCCUCGCGUACGCAGACGUCGAGCUCCCCGCGCCCCUGACCUGGGGCAUGGUCAAGGGCAUCGUCCUGCGCAACCUGCGGUGGUGGCAGACGCAGACCGACAUGUGGACGUCGAGCGGCACGCUGUCGCUUGGAUACUCGUAUCCAAACAUGUAUUUGACUGAAAACUACAACAGUCCAGGCAGCCCAUACUGGGCAUGCAUAGCCUUCAUCUGCCUUGCCGUGCCCGAGGACCACCCGUUCUGGACAUCCAAAGAAGAGCUACACAGUAGCGUCUUCCCUAGAGUCAAGGCCCUGAAGCACCCCGGGCACAUCAUGAGCUAUCGCGGCGGCCACUGCAUGCUGCUGUCGUCGGGCCAGGCCUGCGGCUACCCCAUGAAGGCCUCCCACGCCAAGUACGGCGGCUUCGCGUACAGCAGCGCCUUUGGCUACUCGGUGCCGCCGGGCCUGCUGUCGCUCGAGCAGUACGCCCUGGCGUCGCAGCUCGGCCUGUCGGACGACGGCGGGGACUAUUGGAGGACGAGGCGCCUCUCCGAGUAUGCAGGGCUUGAAGAUCGCGGCGGGGGGCCCGUCUUAGUCUCCGUAUGGCGACCGUUUUCGGACGUGCGCGUCACGACGACGCUCGUGCCGUCUACCGAGGAGGCGCCCAACUGGCACCUGCGCAUCCACAAGAUCGAGGCUGGGAGGGAGGUCAUGACGGCCGACGGCUCGUUUGCCAUCUGCAACGUCAGCUCGCAGCACGGUAGGUACCUCGAUCUCUACGACUCGGAGAGGUGCGAAGGCACGUCUCCCAAGAUCAUUGGCAACUACGACGUCAACACGCCUGCGGGCUGGGCAGCCGGCGCGGACGGGGCGUUUGCCGUGUCCAAGGGCGCCGUGGGCAUCAAGGCCCUGGAGCCGCCGGUGUCGUCGUCGUCGUCGUCGUCGUCGCCGCGCCGCCGCGCCAUGCUCGUUAACGCGGACCCCAACUCGAACCUCGUGGACAGCCGCACUGUCAUCCCGACGCUGCAGCACACCAUUGGCAAGGGCCAGACGGUCUGGUACGUGUCUGCGAUAUAUGCCAAGCCCAGCGGUGACGGCGUCCCCAAGGAGACGUAUCUGGAUGGGUGGAAUGCACCGCCCGAGUUACCAAAGUGGCUAGAGUCCGAGAUGGCUCGAGAUGGGGCAUAG